CAUUGCUUUACGAGUAACUGUCUAAAAAUCGCCUGUCCUUUUAGGCACUCGUAUUUACUAGACUAAAGUUGUAGCAUUUAAUUUUAAACCUCGAACAAAUUGCGAACAAAAUGGAAGCGGUAGCUCACCAGGAUAAUGAAGCACAGCUCCGCGGUGCAGAGCAAGAGGAUAUGAACGCUGAGGAGGUAGAUCAAGACCCAAAAGAAACAGCAGGGACCCAAACCACUGAGGAUCGCAAUAUUUAUAUCUUUGGUGAUAAGCCUGGUCUGAUCGAAAAUCCAGAACCAAACCCAGACCAAAUAGCAGUCCCAAUCCCAAAUCCAAACCAAGAUCUGGCGGAGGAAAUUAAAAUAGUUGACCCCGAUCCAGAAAAUGAGGAACUAGUUGCUCAGGUUCCACAAGAUUUUCUUGUUAGGCGUCGGGUCCCAAACAGAGUGGACCGGGACGCCGUGGUUUCUUUUGAUAGACCGCGUAGAGGACACAUGGAAACCCAUCCACAGGCACAUCGUCGUCCGAUAAACCGCUACUUAGCGCCUUAUAUUUGCAAUCUUUGCGUGCAGUAUGUUCGCGGUGGAGUCAUCACUAUUUGUGGCCAUCUCUUUUGUUGGACCUGUCUGUGGCCCAACCUGCACAACCGCCUGUUUUCAAAGUGUCCGCGUUGCGGCAGUCGCCUCAUCUUGCAUGAGGACAUCAUGCCCUUCCACGGCGAAGGACCGCUUGCCCGCAGCGAUGACGGCGAAGUCCUGGCCCAGCCGGAAUCAGUUCCACGGCCCACGGGACUAUACCUCUGUGAUUCACAGUAUCCCAACUGGUUUCGACUCAACGAACCCGGCGACUUGGCUAAUCGUGGUUGGGGUACUACCCAAUAUCGGGACCUUUUCACUAUUAUGGUGCGCCUUCCGAUGGAUAACCCCAAUGUGGGUGUCCAGUUGACGGUCAUCAAGUGGUUCCAGUUACUAUUGGCUGGCCUUAUGUGCAUUUUGUGGUGCACGUACUCAGUGACCUAACUGAUAUUAGAUACUUGACUAAUUUUUGGUUCCAUUUUUAAUUUAUGUUUCUGCUAACUAGGUCCCCAAUCUAAAACGAAAGCCAAAUCCAAAUCCAGAAUCCCAAAGUCAAGUCGCAAUAAAUUUCUGUGAGUUUAGAGAAGAAUUGUUACUGCA